AAAGGUGCGGCAGUUACGUGCCAAAAAAUGAUCGGCGAUGGGAAGGGUUGCAAGUGGUGACGUCUUGGAUGUGCAGAAAUACACCGGCCGUUCGGGAAUACUAACAUAUUUUCCUGAAAUUCCAGAUGGCCACCCCGUCCCUUGGCUCCAGCACACGCGCAACCCACAUGAGGAUAAGCGGUUCGGAUGAUGGAUGGAUGGACUUGAUGCAAUCAGGGUUUUUGGGGUCCAUCAGCGAUCAGAAGAUGGCAGAGGCAGCAUUUAGUGGCUUCGGAAAAAACACAGCGGCUAAGGGUAUCUCGGAGAGGGAUGUGCCUCACAUUCGUCUGGUUGGGGAUGGCGACGUGGAGGAUAUAUACAUGUUUGGAAAGAAACUGGGCCACGGAAGUUACGGCGUGGUGUACGAAGCCACACAUAUUAGGACACAGACCCAAUGGGCCAUCAAGACGGUUUGCAAGGCAGAACCGGGAAGUACAAAGAUCAAGAUGCUGGAGCAAGAAAUCAAAAUACUCAAACAAGUCGACCACCCUCACAUACUACGCCUGGAGGAGAUCUAUGAGACCGCCCAGAUGACAUAUUUGAUCACUGAGCUGUGUGUGGGAGGUGAACUGAAGCAAGUGCUACAGCAGAAACAGUUCUUUCCCGAGGAGGAGGCGAGACACAUUAUUGGAUGCUUAGCUGACGCCAUCACCUACCUUCACAAAAAAAACAUAAUGCAUCGGGAUUUGAAACUUGAGAAUAUUUUGGUGAAAAAUUCUCUCGAUGAUUACAAUGGCAGGCUUGACAUUAAGGUUGCAGACUUUGGCUUAUCAGUGAAGACUUUGGGUGUUGGAAGUGAUAAUAUUCUGUCAGACAUUUGUGGCACUCCAGUCUAUAUGGCUCCUGAAAUGAUGAGCCAACGUGGUUACACACACUGGUGUGACAUGUGGAGCGUAGGAGUCAUUAUGUAUAUUUUGCUGUGCGGGGAGCCUCCAUUUAUAUCCAAAUCAAAAGAAAACCGACUUAAGGAGAUUAGAACAAUAGGAGUCCAAUUUUCUUCACCCAUCUGGGACACAGUCAGCGAUGCAGCCAAAACAGUAGUGACGUGCCUCCUGAAAGAAAACCCUGCUUACCGCAUGUCAGCUAAUCAGUUACGGGACAACCCGUGGAUUACAGGUGACACCAGCACGCCCGCGAUGCCUCUCAACGCACUGGAGAUGAUGCACAACUUCCACGAACAGGAGAAGAGUACGCAGGACCCAAACCCAACCCAGGACCUCUCCCGUGUUGCCAGAACUGCUUCACCAGUGUCACCCAAGGUCAAAAGCAACGGCUUGAGCCAUGAUGAUCUUAGUGACUCUUGCUGCACUCCUUCCACGUCCAACAAACUGACUGGCGUGAAACCCCGCCCACAGUCGAGUGUAAAGUUGCGCAAGUCUCAGCGCAAGACAAAUGUAAACUCGGUGAAGAAAGCAGCCUCCCAUCAAAACGGACAGAGAUCUCCUCCAUCUCCACUAGAAGUAUGAUUGACUGGCAGGGACUGUCAAAACAAGACUAAAGGCACAGAGGUGCCUCACGGAACAAAGAAGGACCUCAAAACUAGAUUUAGUGUUUGAUGAAAAAAAAAACGAUUUGAAAGAGAUUUCCUGUAUUUAAUGAUACGGUUUAACAGGGAUGUGAACAAAUAAUGCAAUCUGGCGGGAAUGAGCAGAGAUACACUUGUAAUGGCAAUGCCAAAAAAAUAGUACAAUGCUCUCUGUGGCCUGUUGGUGCACACUUGCUCAAUUUCUGCCUUUGAUUCAAAUGCUUUCUUUUCAAACUGUCAGAGAGCUGCUGUUCGUUUAACAAGAGGCUUAUCACUGUGGCUGUACCUGUAGUCUGUACAUACUGUCAACUGGUUUUUAAUGUUUGAGUCACAUAUAUUUCAGAUGUACCUAAUGACGAGGCCAGUGUGUGCACUUAAUAACUACCGUAUGAAUCCAGAAACUCUCCUCUGCUGUCCUGUUUUUGCCAAAGGGCCUCAAUCUGCGGGACAGAGCAGAUUGACUGCGCAAAUGUUUACUUUUUCACCAUCGGCUGUUGCCAGGCUGCCCAAACAACACAAGGGACUCUUUAAGGUAUUCAAAUACACUUCUCACAUACAGAAAAUAUCGAACACCUGUCCAUGGUGGUAUGUGAGAAUGACUCAUUUUAAAGCAGCAAAGGCUGUUGAUGAGAAAUGUGUUUAUAUUAUGUUAGCAUUCAGGAAGUACGGGGUGCCAAAAAGGCUCAAUGUUACAAAUAGAUUAUGCCUCUAUACUCGGAUCCUUGAUCCAACUUUCUCUCUGUCUCCAUAAAUGUCCUUUGAGGACUUCCUAUUUCACGCCCCAAAAGUUACUCUCUAGAACUUCAUAUUCAUGACAUUAAGAUGUUUUACUGUUGAAAAUGCAUCCUGGUCAAGCUCUGACACCCAGCUCUGCUCAAGUAUGAGACCCCUCCAAAAGUAUUGGAACGCCAACGUCAAUUCCUUUGUUUUUGUGGUAUACUGAAGAUGUUUAGGUUUCAGAUCAAAACAAAUGUUCAGAAGUCCAUCUACUAAGUUCCUUGAUAUUUACAGCUAGAUGAGCUUAACAAGUCAGGACAGAGCCACCCACUUUUCAAAUUCUCAAAAGUAUUGGAACAGACAUGAUUACCGUAAAUUAGAGUGAAUAACAUUUCACAUUUGUUUGCAUAAGCCUUACUUGCAAUAACUGCAUCAAGCCUCUUUACUGCAGCUCCUUUCAGCUCCUGUUUGUUUCUUGGGGUUUCUCUCUGCAGGAGGUGAAAUGCUCUCUUGAACUUUUUCGCCCUGGUGAAGUCCUUUGUUGUGUUGGCAGUGUCUUUUGGGUCAUUAUCUUUUUACAUGACGAAGCUAUUCCCAAUUAGUUUGGAUGCAUUUUUCUGUAAAUUGCCACUGAUAAGCAGAUCCUUUCUUUCUCCAUACUUUGGUCGUACCACCACUUGGAAGAGGUUAAUCUUAGCCGCAUCGGUCCAUAAAACUUACAAAACGUUUGUGGCUCAUCUCUGUACAUUCUUUGUAAAAUCCAAUCCGGCCUUCCAAUUCUUAUUGCUCAUGAUUGGUUUGCAUCUUGUGGUAAUGAAUGUCCAUUUCUUUUUUUGGGUCUUCUUCAAACAGUGGGUUGUGAGCCCUUCACCCCUGCAUUGUGGAAGUUGGCAGUGACGUCACUGACGGGUUGUUUCUUCACAACUGUGGAUGAUACACUUUGGCUGACCUUGCUCAAUACACCGGUAGUUUCUUUCUUUUUCAGAACAUUCCAAAUUGUUGUACUAUUGGCUAUGCCCAGUGUUUUUGCAAUAACUCUGAGCCAUUUUCCCUGUUCAC